ACGACCCAUCACGUCCCGGCACGAAACCAACACUCAUGUCUUUUCACUUCAAAGAUUUCAUUAGAGGGAUAUGGCGGCGAGAGCAAUUCUGCUGCUGCCUACCUGUGCGCUUCGGCGUCAUCUGCAUGUCCACAGUCGGUAUAGCAAUUACCGGGGUGCUGACCAUUGCGCUAUGGCACGAGGUCGCGAGUAACAUGAUGACCGCACAUGCCAAUAGCGUCCUCAUUGUCGCUGGCGUAGUAGAAACCCUGCUAUGUCUUGCUUCUAUCCUGGGGCUCGCAGGUGCAAUAGCUCGGAAACAGCUCUUCAUAGCGAUGUACACAUACUUCCUGUACGGCCACUUCCUCUUGAACGUCGGCGUGGCGGGCUACCUGUUCUGGAUGAUCACGCACGCGGAGCAAAGUGACGUGGUGAAAGCAUGUAAAGAGGCGAUCACAAACAGCCAGGCGCAAGCUCAAUGUACUGGCUUGCUCGAGAUCACGAAGACGAUCUUUCUCGUCGUUGGUUUUACCGUUCUUUUUACCGAGUUAUAUGGCGCUUUGAUUGCGACUCGCUACUUACUUCAGCUGAAGGGACAGAAACGUGAGAUGCGCAAUUCCCGGAUGUUGGCCAGGCGAAGCCGUCAGAGCGGCUAUGCAAGCCUUGCCAGCCUCGACUCCGGCUCCAGCCCAUAUAAUAAAGAAUUCAACCCCUACGCCACCUACGAGGGCAAUGCGAGCUCCUCGCUCAGCACGAGAUACGUGGAGCUGUCCGACGAGACCAAGGUGCCCCCAGCUUAUGCUGACGAAGAGGCAGGAUACGGGGGCGGAAGGUGGAGUCACGAACAGUUGCAGCAGUACGAGAAGAGCGCCUCUCCGGACCUCCCUGAGCCUGCGGUGCCUUCGUCUGAUCCAAGGGGACAACCGACGAUUGCUGCUCCCGUAGCUCGUCCUGCGACAACUUUCUCACCUGAAGCGCUAUACUAUUCCACCGCUCAAAGCCCGGAUCACACUCAGAGCACGAAGAGCAGCCACGGGUCCAGAGUAUCCUUCCUUCCUUCGCCGCCCGGCUCUCGUCACACCCCGACCGGGUCAUAAAUUCAGGACGACUAUGCUGGACGCGCUUUAGGCUUCUUUCUCAUCAUAGAUGUAUCCGGUACUGGCGCUUCGCUCUUCUUGUAAUAUGGGACCUUGCCAUGGACUUCAUUCAUAAGUUGGCGCGUUAGCCAUUA